AUGCUAGCAAUGACCAAAUACCCCGAGACCCAGAAGAAGGGACAAGCCGAAAUCGACGCUAUUAUUGAUGAAGGUCAUUCACCCACUUGGGCAGAUUAUGGCCGUCUUCCGUAUGUCGCUGCUAUCACCAAGGAAUUUGUUAGAUGGCGCCCUGUCGCGCCACUGGGAAUGCCUCAUUCACUUGAUGAGGAUGAAUGGAUUGACGGCAAACUCAUCGCUAAAGGCACAGCCCUAAUCCUCAACAUCUGGGGUCUCAACCACGAUGAACGCUACCACAAGAAUGCGGAUGAAUUCGACCUUUCCCGCUACGUCAACAAGACUCUACCCGCGUUGGAUUACAGAAACUUCGCAUACUACGAUUCCCGUGAUCAUUACCGCUACGGAGCCGGUUGCCGACUCUGUACAGACGUCCAUAUCGCCGAGUGA